AGAUGUCAAAAUUGUGUGGGCAAAUGAUUUGCAAAGGGUUUAAGUGUGCUUCCCCUAAAAUUUAUCAGAAACCCCUCCGUCUCUGUUAAAUGCAAGCCGAAACAAGCACUGCAAACUGAAUAGUGAAAACCAGUAAGCUUGGCCGGCAACUGAACCGAACCAGCAAUGGUUUUCACUUCUUGUUCUCUCUCCGCUUCCAAGCUUCUUCUCCCACCCACUCCCAACAAUCCCUUCCCCACUACUUCUACGUCUAUUUCUUCUUUGCCUUCCCCAUCUGCUAGACUCAACCGCCAACGAUUCUUGUUCUCUUCAGCGGCAUCGGCGUCGGCGUCGAAUGCCCCGAAGGAGGGAGGCAAGAAGAAGGAGGAGGAGGUCGAGGAGGUGGAAGUAGAGGAAGAACUGCCGUGGAUUCAGGAGAAGGCGCUCGACCUCGUGGAGUUCACCGGGUCCGUUACGCAAGCCUUGCCUGGUCCGCGUGUGGGCCCCACAUCACUGCCUUGGAUCCUCGCCGUUCCCCUUGCCUACGCCGGCAUCACUUUUGUCAUUGCUUUUGUUAAGACCGUUAAGAGGUUCACUUCUCCCAAGGCCAAACGCCGCAGACUGGUUGGGAAAAAUGCAACACUAUGCAAGUCACUUGAUGAGUUAUUUCAGAAAGGAAGAGAUCAAGUCAACAUUGUUGCACUCAAGGAACUUGAGAGUAAGACAGGUUUUGAUCUGGAAGAAAUUUUGCGCAAGUAUAUCCGGUAUGCUUUGAAUGAAAAACCAUUCAACCCUGACAUGGUGGCUGAUUUAAUUCAGUUAAGGAGUGCUUCUAUGUUAAAUGAUUCACAAGUUGCUGAGAUUCUAAAUGAAAUUUCACGACGAAUUGUGCGAGAUAAAGGUCCUGUUGUGAUGGAGAAAGCAGGCUAUACUGAAAGGGGUUUCAAGAGAAAAUUAGCAGUACAAGCCCUCUUUGGAAAGGUCUUCUAUCUAUCUGAGCUGCCGGAGUUCUGUUCAAGAGAUAGUUCCUUAGUCGUCAAGGAAAUCUUCGGAGUUACAGAUGAAGAUGCCGAUAAACUCCGGAUACAUACCGUCUCUGAUCAUGGCAGUAUGGAUGCACUUGAGAGGAUGAUUGAUUCUGGUGAUGUUUCAGAUUCAGAAGAUUCCGGUGAUGUCUAAUUUGAUGAUUCCUCUUGAUACAAAUCAUGUUAGUGUUCUGCGUUCCAAAAGGUUAAAGAAUGACCUGGUUGAUGCAAAUUGUAAAAUAGCAUCCUCCACCAUCCCAAAAUGGAAGAGUUUUCAUUUAUUCUACUACCUUAGCACUUUCAAGAUCCCGUGAAUCACUCUGGCCUUCGUAUUUUUUAUAUAACUUGUAGAUCAGUUUUAGCAUCGAUGUUUUUGUAUGGAGAAACGGAAUAAAAUGAAAUCGUUUGAACAUGGACGUAGUAUGAUAUGGUACUUUGUGUCAACAUUAGAUUGAUCAAAUUUGAUGUCUCCACUUUCUGUUA